CAGAGCGGCGCGGUGGCGGCGGCGGCGGCGUCGGCAGCAGGAAGUAGGCAGCAGGCAGGACCAUGGCAGCGGCGGUGGUGGUGGCCCGCGGGGCCGGAGCGAGGGCGGCGACAGCGGCGACUCUGCGGGGUGGCUGCGGGACCGCGGCUCGGGGGCGGCCGUGUGUGGGCCCCGCCCGGCCCUUGUGCGCCGCACCGGGGACCGCCCCGGACAUGAAGCGCUACCUGUGGGAGCGCUACCGGGAGGCGAAGAGAAGCACUGAAGAAUUGGUUCCUUCCAUUAUGAGCAACUUGUUGAAUCCAGAUGCCAUUUUCUCAAACAAUGAAAUGAGCCUGUCAGACAUUGAAAUCUAUGGCUUCGAUUAUGAUUACACCUUGGUGUUUUAUUCAAAGCACCUCCACACGCUGAUAUUUAAUGCUGCACGGGACCUUCUCAUCAAUGAACACCGGUAUCCAGCAGAAAUCAGGAAGUAUGAGUACGACCCAAAUUUUGCAAUUCGUGGACUUCAUUAUGAUGUGCAGCGGGCAGUAUUAAUGAAGAUCGAUGCUUUUCAUUAUAUCCAGCUGGGAACUGUCUACAGAGGCCUCAGUGUUGUCCCGGAUGAAGAAGUCAUUGAAAUGUACGAGGGGUCCCAUGUGCCUUUGGAGCAGAUGAGCGACUUUUAUGGAAAGAGCUCUCAUGGAAACACGAUGAAGCAGUUCAUGGACAUCUUCUCCCUGCCCGAGAUGACCCUCCUGUCGAAUAACGCCAGUUUCUUCAAUGUCAUGUUAAUGAAAGAUGUCAAGGAUUCAAUUCGAGACGUCCACAUCAAAGGAAUAAUGUACAGAGCAAUUGAAGCGGACAUUGAAAAGUACAUCUGCUAUGCUGAGCAGACGCGUGCAGUGUUGGCCAAACUGGCUGAUCAUGGCAAGAAGAUGUUUCUCAUCACCAAUAGCCCCAGUAGCUUUGUGGACAAAGGGAUGAGUUAUAUCGUUGGGAAAGACUGGAGGGACCUGUUCGAUGUGGUCAUUGUUCAGGCGGAGAAGCCAAACUUCUUUAAUGAUAAGCGGAGGCCUUUCCGAAAGAUGAAUGAGAAAGGUGUCUUACUCUGGGAUAAAAUCCAUAAGUUGCAGAAAGGCCAGAUUUACAAGCAGGGUAAUUUAUAUGAAUUUUUGAAGCUUACUGGAUGGAGAGGAUCCAGAGUGUUGUAUUUUGGUGACCAUAUAUACAGUGACCUGGCGGAUUUGACCCUAAAGCAUGGCUGGAGGACUGGUGCAAUUAUCCCAGAGUUGCGAUCUGAACUGAAAAUCAUGAACACGGAGCAAUACAUUCAAACCAUGACCUGGCUGCAGACCUUGACUGGGUUAUUGGAACAAAUGCAGGUUCACAGAGAUGCUGAGUCACAGCUGGUUUUGCAGGAGUGGAAAAAGGAAAGGAAGGAGAUGAGAGAAAUGACCAAGAGUUUCUUCAACGCCCAGUUUGGAAGCCUGUUCCGCACAGACCAGAACCCAACCUACUUCCUGAGGCGCCUGUCACGCUUCGCUGACAUCUACAUGGCGUCUCUGAGCUGCCUCCUGAACUAUGACGUCAGCCACACUUUCUACCCCCGGAGGACUCCACUGCAGCACGAACUGCCUGCCUGGUCAGAAAGGCCCCCCACCUUCAGAACCCCUCUCCUGCAGGAGGCCCAGGCCAAGUAGCCGAGGGCAAAAGCUAGAAACUGUAACUGCCCCUGAUUGGGCAGGCAUGAUGGGGUUGACAUCAUGUGGGUCUGAGUGUUGCUUUUGGAAAAGAUACAGAUAAGCCUUUUGAUAUUUGUUUUGUACCUUAUGGAGAAUAAUUCUCCCAAUGGUUAAGACAGGAGCUAGCAGCCCGCCUCUCUAGCCUUUCCCUCCAUGCAGGGCUGAAAGGCAAACUUCUCAUUGGAACUCUGAUUUCGCCUUUUUGUUUACCGAGGUUCUGGAACAUCAGGUUUUCUGGGAUAGGUGAGACACUUGAUACCGUCUCUGUAUUGUAGCAGGUCAGGCUUGAAACGGUUCUUGACUGCUCCAUGGCACAUUUCCUGAACGUGUACUGGCGGUGCAUUGGGAACUGCAGGGGCACAGUGAUGGGCAAAGAUUAACUGCUUCCAGAAGGCUGAUUUAGAGGGCUCCACAAUGGCAAAACGCUCCUGUGAGUGACAGAGAGGCCCCCAGGUGAUGGCCAGUUCCCAAAUCAUUUGGUACUAAGGCUUUGACAUUCUGGCACAUUGCAUCAAAGAGAACACAGCCUCCCCGGAAGGACUUAGGUGAGAAAGAACAAGAGAAGUUGCAACUCCUGGACCCUUUUGUCCUCAGUGGGUGAUUCCUGUGUCCUUUCCCAGCAUGGAGGAGGGCAGGAGAGAGGAGAUGAGAGCUCUGGUCAAAACCUUCCAGCUAGUGGAACAGCCUUCUGAAGAGCCUUCUGCAAGAAAUGAGUGGGUUAGAAGAAUCAAAACAUUUGUGGUAGAUCUCCCAGGAGCCUGUUAAACCUGGAAACGCCACCCGAGUUGGUUUCAUGUGCUCACUGGAAGAAAGAAAAUGAACCAGGGAAAGGCAUCUUUAUAAUGAAAUGCUAUGCCAUGCCACCACCCGCUUGAAUUGGAAUCCUGUUAAAACAUGAGAUUUACCAGAAACAGUCCUUGUCUAGAUGGAAACAAACAAGUUCCUGGCUUCUUUCUGAUGAGUUAUCAACUGAGAGGUGCUUGGAUUGGCCAGGGGAGGACGAAGAUGGCCACCACAACUUAGCCAGGUCCAGCCUUCUCUCAGAUUUCACUCCUGCGGUGUUUGUGCGACUAUUGGGGAGUUUGUAUAGUUUUUUUUUUUUUUUUAAAGAUAUCUAAGAUGGGAAAGGGUGAAGGACAUUGAAGCUGAGAAAUAGAUAUGACUUAGCUAACCGAGCUUUUCUCAUUUCUUUCUGUUUUGUUUUGUUUUUUUGAGAUGGAGUUUUGCUCUUGUUGCCCAGGCCGGAGUUCAG